AUGUCCUCCGGUGACAACGUUGAUAUUAGUGAAAUUUCACCAUCUUAUAAUCCAUCUAAUGGCGACGUUAAACAAAUGAAAGAGAAGAGCACCAUUAAAGUGUAUAAGAAAACGACUUCAGCUAGCAAUCCAUUCCUAAAGCAAGCUCGUUAUCGUCGAAGUACUGCUUCUGCCAGCGAUACUUCGAGCACAGAUGAUUUAUCACCGACUGCUUGUGAUCCACCUAUGAUUACCAAUCGAUUUAUUGGACGUCCACGCCAUGUAACUCCCUAUAGAGUAGAAAAUGAGACAUCCAAUGGCAAUUAUGGCCAUCAAAUCUAUGUCAGACAAAUCAAUAAUAGGAAAAAGGAAACGAUAUCGCCUUAUUCGGGCAAUUCAGAAAGCAAUACCAAUUCAUUAUCGCCGUCUCGACAUAGCUCAUUUUCAUCCUUUAGUACUACAAGUACGGAUAAUGCUGAAAAUAAAUUAUCCGGCCAUACGUUAAAUAGUCCUGUUAGUGACAAGAGUGGUUAUUCACCAUCAAGUGAAGGCUUUAAUGAUGAUUGGAAAGAUAAUCUUACAGCAACAUCAGUGACUCCAUGUCAAGUUGACGAAGCAUUAGCAUUGGAAACCGACAGCAAUCAUACAUUAAGUAACGAUUUAUCAGAGUCUCAUCAUUAUAGUAAUGGCUAUACCGAUCCAGAGCCAUCAAUUACUGUCAAUGGUAAUAGUAUUGAUAGUAUGAACGGCAGUUCUUAUUUAAUUGAAGAUACUCUUGUUAACGGUAGCCAAGAAGUAGUAGAAAAUGGCCAACAUCAUGAUCAUCCUAAUGCGAAUUAUCACGAUCUUGGCAAUCAUCGUGAUGAAAAACAUGAUGUUAUUGAGAAUGAUAGCCAUGGAAUAGAUUCCGAUGAUGAAUAUGAAAAUAAAACUAUUGUUGAGGCAGAAACGAUGGAAACAAUUGUUGAUUUGAAUGGUGAUCAAAAUCAUCAAGAUAAUCCAGCCCCUGAUCAAUUGAUAGGAAUAAUACAAGAUCCUGCUGAAAUAGUUGAGACACAACGACAAGAUCAAGAAUUAAAUCAACAAACCGCAAUCGAAGAUCAACAGGAGAACAUGAAUAGAGAUUCUUUACUGUCUUCUAUCAGCCAUGGCGAAGAUAUGAUAAGCAAAGGUGACCAUGAUGAAAGUAAUGCCGAAAAUUAUCCAUCUACUAUUAUAGAUCAAGUGGAAGAGACUACAAAGAACGAUGAUAAUUCUACAGAAGUUCAUGUGGAAGCCAGCGAAGGCGAUAAUUCUUCUGUUGUCAAAGUGGAUGUUAGUUCAGAUGCUAUAUUUACUGAUCGGAAUAGUUCACCAUUGCUGCAAGAUCUUAACAAAGAGUUCGAUCCAUUGACUAAAAUUGAUCGCCCAAAUAGCCUGACUGCAACCGAAGAUAUAACACCAGUUUCCGAUCUGAUUUCGUAUCGUUAUCAUCCAACAGAAUCAAUACUUCAACAAAUUUAUGAUUUAGAACAAAAAAUAAUGGAUGUUGCUGUAGAGGAAGAGCAAGAAUUGCUACCGAAUGAACAAGACGAUUCUGAUAUGCAAAAUUCUACAGCACCUGAAAGCAUGAACGAAGCCUUACUCCAAAUUAACAAAUUGAAUCAACAAAAUCGUGAACUACGUCGAAGAAACAACGCUCUUGCUGGCCAUAUUAAAAAUAGAAACGCUCAGCUACAUCUAAUUAGACGAGAAAAUCUAUUACUACUUGCUGAACGUAAAAAAAUGAUCGGUCGGUCGUCUAAUGUAGGCAUUGAUAUCCAUUUAGCAUUGGAAAGAACAGCCGAGGCUUCUCAGCUGAAAUAUACUAAAGAUGAAAUUAAUCGCAUGAAUGAUGAAGGUAUAUUUCAAGAUCAUGCCCAUAAGAAUCGAUGCCUUGAGUCUGCUGAAGCUUCGAAUGUUGAUAAAUUGAUAAAUAGGUCGUUUUCAAAUGAGCAAAUAUUAAUGUAUCAGGAUAAUGAGCUGCUGAAGAAAGAUUCUAAAAUAGAUCAAAAAUCGAACACAGAUAGAGUUGUGCCAAAUUCCGUGGAAAGUUUUGAUCACAAAAGCAUAGUUUCAUCGGCUAUGAAUUCUUAUGGUUUAGAGGAUUUAAAAUUUGAUAAUAACAAUUGGCGUACCGCAAUAGAUGUUAGCAGAACCGUCAAUUCUUUAGAGAGUCAUAAUCAGGAUGAUGUCGGUAAACCAAUAAAAUUUCACGAAGAUAAUCGUCUUCAUUCUAACCAAAUUAUGGGUUCGAAAUCAUCAUUUCAUCGAUACUAUACAGAUUCAUCAAAAUUUAUGCAAUCUUCAAUCGGAAAUAGUUCAACAACAUCUGUUUCCAGUAACAUUUUUGAUACAAGCUCUAAUAUUGACGAAAAAUAUUUCAAAGCAUUAGCAAAUGAUAACUUAAGCUAUACUUCAUCUAAAAGGGACGAGAGAAUAAAGUUAGCGGAGGAUAAGGAUAUACUUCUCCCCAAAUCCUCUAAUAUUGGGAAAUUUACCGAUGAUGAUGAAUUUAAUAUAGAUCUUAGUGGUAGUUUACACAGGACUGAUUAUAGCACCUAUGAAUCACCUCGGUACCGCGACAGAUCAAGUUAUUCGUCUCCUCGAUCAUUAAAAGUUGGAGAAAUAACAUCCAGUGCUAACACUGAUUGCCCAAGAGGCUGGCCUAGCAGUCCGAUGAAUGAAGGUGAGAUCAGGGUUGGAUCCGUUGUUAGGAUUAAUUCCGUUACAACAAGAAAAUCAGUGGUUGGAACUGUAAAAUAUAAAGGCAGUAUAGGUGGGAAGGCUGGUGUACAUUUUGGAAUUUUAUUAGAUACUCAAGAUGGAAACAGCGACGGCAAACAUGAUGGCAAAAGAUACUUUUACUGUAAAUCUGGCUAUGGCAUUUUUGUACCUUUUGGCAAGAUCGUCAUGGUUUUCAAAUAA